GAAAUUCAUCACCCCCCGUCUCUGCCCUCUGACAUGGGGCUGAGAUACAUGACCAUUCCCGCUACAGAUGAUGCCCGGUACGUCUCCCCUGUAGCUCAUUGGUUGUCCAUUCUCGUGCUCCUAGUCGCGCGCGCUUUAGCCACUCCUGCACACCCGCUCUCGUCCAUCUUCCCAUUUCCAAUCGCCUUAUCAUGCACCUGAUCGCUGGGUUCUCGCUGUACAAGUGUAAGAGAGAUGCCACGACCUUUCCCAUCGCUCUUGCUACCGGGUAAUCUGAUGUUGCACAACUGAAGCCCAA